UGGAAUAUUGGGGUUGGCUUCCCGAUACAAGCACGCAAGACCAGGUUCUCAAGUCAAUGGCCUGGGCCGGUCAUUUUCCUGAAUGAAGGUCUACAACGGCCUAGUCUUGUUUCUUUUUCUUCUCAGCUUGUGGUAAUCGGUCCCACCAGCAGCCUUCUCUUCACCUUCCCUCACCUCACCUCUUGCCGGCAGCUUUUAGCUGCUUUACAGGUGAAGUGGAGGCAGCAGCAGCAGCAGCGUUGCAGAGUGACCCAAGAAGAGAAUCGGAGAGAGCUUGGAGAGAAGGCAGGGGUCGAUCCAUGGGGAACAUCCUCAGGUGCUUCACAGGAGGAGACAAAGACAAUGGUGAUGACGAUUACUACCCCUGCUACCGCCCAACCUCAUGGCCUCGGCCUCGCUACGGGCUGCAGGCCGCCGGCAUCAGGUGGGAGGAUGAGCCUGCAGCAUCCUCCUCUCAACCGCUCGACUUCACCUUCACGGGGGAAGACGACGACGAUGACCAUGGUGACCAUCACUACCCCGACUACGGCGUCGUGCUCCAGAGCGGCAGGACGGAUCAGCCUGCAGCAGCCUCUCGGCCUCAUCACGAUGUCGCUUCCCUGCGUCAGGACCUCCUCUACUUCGAAUGGGCAUCCAUGGUACCUGAAGCGCUCGGACAGCAUGUUACAUCAUCCAAGAAAGCACAAGCUAAAUGGUACCGGAAUAUUUUGGAGGCAUAUAAGAAUAUGUGCCCCCCACUGAAAACACCAGAAGAGGCUGCCCAGCUAAUUGCAACAGCCCUAAGCAGGAUUCAGAGAGCUGAUUUGGAGGGUGUUCUUUCAUUUUACAACCUCCCGAUCCCAUUCCCAUUACCCCCAUCAGGAUCAGCAUCCUCACUACCUGAGGGUGUACAGUUUGUGCUGAACACUUUGCCGAUUCACAACAAGUGCAUUGGAGAUGGAGAUGGCUUUAGUGCCUAUGUUGACACAACAGACCCAAGAGAGUCUGCGAAUGUGCCACUGGACGUGCACGAGAUGGUGAUUGCUAGGACUGAAGCACGCACUCAUAGGGAUUAACAGAAGGCUGAUGCUCUUCUAAGGAGCCUUCACGAAGCAGGAUAUAAGGUUAUAACCAUUUCAGGUGAAGAGAUACUUGCAAAGAAAUACCGAAUCAGAAUGAGGGGCGUUGAUGCACCGGAGCUUAAAAUGACUAAUGGGAAGGAAUCGAAGAACGCACUGGUGAAGCUCAUUGGUGGGAAAAGGGUCAUAAUUUAUGUGUAUGGACAGGACCAGUUUGGGCGUCACGUGGGUGACAUAUAUUGUGAUGAUGUGUUCAUCCAGGAGCAAAUGCUGAAGAGUGGCCAUGUAUGGCAUUUCAAGAUUUACGACAAGCGCCCAGAAUUUGCACAGUGGGAGAGAGAGGCAAGAGCUGCACGUCGAGGGCUUUGGGCGUCAGAGAACCCUGAGAAGCCGUGGGAUUGGAGAAGAGAGCAGCGCAGUGCAAGCGUUCAGGUCUACUAAUGGAGCUGAACCAAAUUAUCUGAUAGCCACGUAGUAAGGUUCUUGUACAGCUUGCUGUGAAUGAUCGAAUGCGUGUGAGACACCAAAGCCAGAGUGUAUGUUUUAUGUACCAACGUAUGUGCAUCAGAAGUGCUUCGUUUAGUGUGAACCUGGGAAUGUACAGAUGAACUGUUGUCAA